AUCGCACAUGGGACUGAUGAUUAUAGCUUGUAACGCUUUGAAGCUGGCCAACACCAGAGCAUCAUCUCCAUCCCACUGACAACGAAGGGCUUUUUGGCAGAACUGAGUUGCUGUAAGGAAAGUGCCUCAGGAGGGCGGCCUGGAGAGCUGUCCUGUGGGUGCUGUGCUAGGAAACCUUUGCUUUGGAGCCAGGCCACAGGGUUCGGCUCCGGCAGAGCUGCUAGAGGGGGGUGAAGAGAGAGACCAAUGUGACAUCUCCCAUGGAGAUCAGCACAGUCCUUUCCCUCCAUUUCAGGUCUUUCCACCAGUGAUGCCUCUGCAGGGAGAGGGUCCGGCCAGGCAUCGGACGUGGAGCUGGCCAUUGCUGUGAGCCUUGUGCUGGAGAGACUCCAGCGGGAGGAGGUAGGGCUGGUCCUUGCCCAUCCGCUGCGUCUUUCCCAUUCCUUCUCCCCCAAAACAAGGUCCCAAUACAACAUGCCCUCGGUCUAUUGUGAUGUCACUAUGACAUCAGGGCACGCUCACACGGGCAUCAUCUCCCCGCUCCCAGUGCAUGGUGGGUGUGCUGUAAGCCACGUUCAGACAAGCCCUCACCCUGCACAUAAUCCCGUGAGCCUCUUGAGCGUCUUCCUCUAAGUAUCGCGCAGCAUUGAGCUGACAUGAAAUAAAGUUUCCCAGCAGCCUCGUGAGCCUGGAAAGCCUCAGCGUUGUGGCCCAGGAGGUGAGGCGGGGUGCCCAUGGCCCACAGUAAGUCAGGAAAAGAGCUGGGCAUCCAGCCAAGGGUGCUGAGUCUCUGUCUAGACCCCGGCAGCACCCCUGCCCCACCUCAUGUGCUCUCAUCCACGGAUGACCCCACUGUGUCAGGGGAACCUGGCACACAAGUAUUUCCGCUCCUUUCUGCAUUCAGCAACACACCCAAUCACACAAUGGUUUAAGGCAGCAUUUUGCUUGGCAACCCAAUGCUAAACUUGUUGCUUGGGGUCACCCGGCAGUCCCUUAUCACUCCCCAAGUGUCCCCCUGGCUGAAGGAAACGUGUGUCAGUCAGGGACACCUCCCCAGUGCACGUGGGGAACGGUACCUGUGAUGCAUCUGGCUGCUUUUCUGAUUGUAUUUCUGCAUCUCCCACCACCCUGGUGCAUCCUGCCCUCCCUGUGCCUGACACGCCUCCCUUGCUAGUGCCAGCUGUCAACAUCUGCAUGCCAGGGCCGGGGUUGUGUUCCUGUCCAGGGAGCAAGUUCCCCGUCAGAGCUGCUGUGAUCCUGGGUGGCUGAUGUUCAACACGAUAGUCCUGGAUGGUCAGGCGCUGGUCCCAAAGCAAAGCCUACCCCAUUCGUGGUUCUCUCUCUCUGGGUGUGUUCCCAGGAGACGAGAGUAACCGUUUACUCCAGCCUGGAGCAAGUCUUGCAGGGGGACGUCAAGGGCCUGGAUACGAGCCUUGUCAGGAGGAUCAUUUACUUUGCCUCCAAAGACUUGAGGGAGACCCAGCAAGAAACCGAUGAAGUGCGGUUGGCGGCAGGAAAAACCCUUGUGGCGCUUGCCGGCACCUUUUACAACGAGGUGAUGCACGAGCUGCAGAGCCACGUGGACAUCAUGGAGCUCCCACCCCUGUCCUUCCUGAUCACGCUGGGCGACCUGGUCUCAGCCUAUGCCCUGACGUCUGAGCCCUUUCUGGUGCUGACGCUCAGCAAACUGCGUUACGUGCUGCAGCUGGUGGAGACUAGCCAGAUGAAGUGGGCGCUGUGUGGAGUGGUGCAAGGCUUUGCUCAUGCUGCCAACAUGAAGUUCCAGGUCAGGGACGAGGUCCCGUUCCCCAUCAAUCGGGCAGCCAACUACUGUUUCCACGUGCUCCCUUUUUUCAGUCUCAUGAGCAGCAGCUGGCUGAGCAGCAAGGACCCAGAGCUGCAGCAGGCUGCGGUCCAGGCGCUGGGACCCGCCAUGGGUCUCUUCCUCCAUCACGAAGGGCAUCGUGAUACUGUUUUUGAGAGCCUGCCCUGUCUCCUGCAGCAGUACGGGGCAGGGGUCGACAACCUUCAUGUCACCAUGAGUCUGAGCCGGGUCUUGGAGGUGGCCUAUGAUUUUCAGGUCCCUCUCCCUGACGGGACACUCGGGAUCAUCUGCCUCGCCCUGCACGACCAGGUGUGUGAUCACGUGCAGCUGCCGAGACCAGAGAACCAUGCCAAGGUGUUGUACUGUCUCGGUCUGCUCGUGCUGGAGAUGCAGGAGAAAAAAUGUGACAUGGUGCAGGCCAUGAGGGGCACGCUCAGUGAUGAGAGCAUUGAGGUGAAGAAGGCUGUGCUCCAUUUCAGCAGGACGGUGCUCACUGUGCACGGCCUGGAGCAGUGGGCCUGGGAGCUGGUGCCCUAUGUUUUCAAGCAGGCCAGCUCACCUAGCAGCCAAAUGUCGUCCACAAAUCUUUGCAGUCCGGAUGCUGAGGAGGAACACAGCAUCCGAGCCACCUGUGUAGAGCUGCUGGAAAAUGUGGAUGUCUCAGUGCGUGGCAUGAGCCAAGUCUUAUGUCCCCGGCUGCUGGAGUACAUCGUGCCGGCUCAGUACAGCUGCACUCUGAGCCCGCUGUGCCGAUGCCUCGGGGACCUGGCCGAGCAGCAGCAGUGGGAGGGAGAAGCGGUGCCUGGCACACCCCCCAGCAAAGGAGGUUUGCAAUCCGGAUCCCUGUGCAUUCAACCAGCUCCAAGGGCCUCUUGA